GACACUUGACAUUGGCAGUUCAUACGACACGACUACGUUCAUUCCAAGGUCUUACUUGUGCGCAUGGAUAAAAUAAUAAAAAUCCAUUCGAACAAUUAAUUAGUUUAGUACAGUAGAUUGAUGUUGAGUCGUGUGUUGUGUCAAGUUGCUAGAUAUUUUAAUAAAAUGGUUCCAGAAGUUGUUUUCGUGCUUGGAGCGCCCGGUGCCGGUAAAGGUACACAGUGCUCAUUAAUUUCCAAAGAAUACGACUUUGUACACCUUUCUGCUGGAGAUUUACUUCGUGAGGAGCGUCAGCGACCGGGUUCAGAGUAUGGAGAAAUGAUUGAGCAGAAAAUUCGCAACGGCGAAAUCGUACCUGUCGAGGUUACAUGCUCUUUGUUACACAAGGCGAUGCAAAAGUCCGGUAAGACGCGUUUCCUGAUCGAUGGAUUUCCGCGAAACAAAGAUAACUUGGAGGGUUGGAAUCGUGAAAUGUCAGAUAAGACGAAGCUUUUGUUUGUUCUCUUCUUUGAAUGCUCGAAAGAAUUGUGCACAGAGAGGUGCUUAGGGCGAGGCGCCGCAGGCAGCGGUCGCUCUGAUGACAACCCAGAAAGUCUCCAUAAGAGAUUCAAUACUUAUUUAAAAGAUACUAUGCCAAUAAUAGAAUAUUAUGACCAAAAAGGGCUUGUACGCAAGAUCAAUGCUGAAGUGGCACCAAAUGAAGUCUUUAAAUAUGUUAAAAAUGCCUUUGAGAGCAGUGGUAUACAGAUAGUUAAUUAAAUUAGUUAAUAUAGUGUAAGUAGUCAAUAUAGUGUAAUUAGUUCUGUUAAGUAUCCCAAUCCGUGACAGGAAUGUCUUCUAUGUACCUAUAAAAUAUAAGCAAGCUUUAAAUCAUUAAGUUAUUGUAUAAAAGUACAGGUGAUUGGUUUCAGAUGACUGUAGGUUGUAGGUUGAUAUUGUUGUAAGUACUUGGUUGUUGAUAAGUGUGAUAAGAUAGGCCACCCAAUCUGACCUGUGUCCCAAGAUAAAUGUAACUACUUCACCUCAAGUUAAAUAAAAUUAUUGCAUGACUUAUUUAUUAUAGCUGCAUUGAUAUCUAGAAUUUUCCAUGUUAUGCUUAGUGUAAUAUAAGUUAUUUGUCCAUAAUAAAUGAAGCAAUAAUCAAAUUUUAAUCAUGACAUUGAAAGUACAUCAGUGAUCAAUAAAAUUUUAAUCACUGAAUUACCAGAAUAUUUAUUGUAAAAUAUGUGUCUUUUAUAUUUUAAGAGUUUGCAUUGUAACUAGGUUGUGUAUAUUCCACUGAAUGUGUAAAGAGAAUAAAUAUUAUUUUCUUUUA